CGCUCUCCUGUGGGUGGCGCGGGGCCGGGAGGCCUACGCGAUCCCAGGGUGCUGUGCGCGGCGUGGGCUCCCUCCGCCAUCCCGCUGGGAGAGACGAUCUGUGCGGGGCCCUGCCAGCGAGACGCCGCCUGCGCGCAGAGCUUCGCCGCCGAACGGACAUGUUAGCGCGGAGCCCCUGAGCGGGACCGAGCCUCCCCCCGCGCGCCUCACGCCGCCGCGGGCACCCGCACCAGCCGCCGCCAACAUGGAGGCCGUGAACGCCUUCAACCAGGAGCUCUUUUCACUCAUGGAGAUGAAACCUCCUAUCUCCCGAGCAAAGAUGAUUCUCAUUACUAAAGCUGCCAUUAAAGCUAUUAAGCUCUACAAGCAUGUAGUACAGAUAGUAGAGAAGUUUAUCAAAAAGUGCAAACCAGAAUAUAAAGUCCCUGGAUUAUAUGUUAUUGACUCUAUUGUUCGUCAGUCUCGUCACCAGUUUGGAACAGACAAGGAUGUUUUUGGGCCAAGAUUUUCUAAAAAUAUAACUGCCACAUUCCAGUAUUUAUAUCUCUGUCCAUCUGAAGACAAGAGUAAGAUAGUUCGUGUCCUGAACCUUUGGCAGAAAAAUGGAGUGUUUAAAAUAGAGAUCAUUCAGCCUCUCCUGGAUAUGGCAGCAGGAACUAGUAGCGCAGCCCCGAUGGCGGAAAACGCUACAAAUAAUGAAGGUUCACCACCCUCUCCAGCAAAGGUUCUAUCUGAACCCACCCAAGUCACUGCUAAUUCAGUACCUACUGUAUCACAAUUGCCUAGUUCUGAUGCCUUUGCAGCUGUAGCUCAGUUAUUUCAGACAACACAAGGACAACAGCUUCAGCAGAUUCUUCAGACUUUUCAGCAGCCUCCAAAACCCCAGUCUCCAGUCAUAGAUAAUACUGUAAUGGCUCAAGUUCAGGCUAUUACUGCUCAAUUGAAGACUACGACAACACAACCACCAGAACAAAAAGCUGCUUUCCCGCCACCUGAGCAAAAAACUUCUUUUGAUAAGAAGCUGCUAGAUCGAUUUGACUAUGAUGAUGAGCCAGAAGCAGUAGAAGACUCAAAGAAAGAGGAUUCAGCUCCGUCUCCUUCCAUUUCUCAACCACCAUUUGGCUUUCCAGGAGAAGGUAUGCAGCAGCCGGUAUAUCCACAGCUCCCAAAUAUAGACCCAUUUCAACCACGACUGAUGGGAAUGCAGCAAGAUCCAAUGCACCACCAGAUCCCGCUCCCUCCUAAUGGACAAAUGCCAGGUUUUGGACUUCUACCUACCCCACAGUUUCCUCCCAUGACUCAGCCUGUGAUACCACCAACACCAGCAGUGCAGCAAACUUUCCAGUCUCCUUUCCCAGUACAGAGUGAACCACACAUACAGAAAACACAUCAGCAGGAUAUGGAGGUGGAACAGCCCUGUGUUCAGGAAGUUAAACGACAUGUUUCUGAUAACAGAAAAUCAAGAUCUAGAUCGGCAUCAAGAUCUCCAAAAAGGAGACGAUCGAGGUCUGGAUCUCGAUCUCGAAGGUCACGUCAUCGUCGCUCUCGUUCCCGAUCCCGGGAUAGGCGCCGACACUCUCCUAGAUCUCGGUCGCAGGAAAGGCGUGAACGAGAAAAAGAGAGAGAACGCAGAUCAAAAGGCCUUCCUCAAAUCAAAUCAGAAACUGUUAGUGUUUGUAGUACUACACUCUGGGUAGGACAACUAGACAAAAGAACAACUCAGCAGGAUGUUGGAAGUCUUUUAGAGGAGUUUGGCCCGAUUGAAUCUAUAAAUAUGAUACCGCCUAGAGGAUGUGCCUAUAUUGUAAUGGUUCACAGACAGGAUGCUUACCGUGCCCUACAAAAACUGAGCCGAGGCAACUUCAAAGUCAAUCAGAAAUCUAUAAAGAUUGCGUGGGCUUUAAAUAAAGGAAUUAAACCAGACUAUAAGCAGUAUUGGGAUGUAGAAUUAGGUGUUACCUACGUACCGUGGGACAAAGUGAAGCCUGAAGACCUUGAAAGUUUUUGUGAAGGAGGAAUGUUGGACAAUGAAACUCUUAGCCCAGAGUGGAAAGGAAUUUCUAAGAAAUCUGAAAAUGAAGUAGCUCAAAAUGGAGGUGCAGAAACUACACAUAAUGAACCAGUGUCACCUAUCCCUAAAGCAUUGCCUGUUCCAAUGCCUGUUCCCAUACCGGCACCUAUAACAGUACCUCCUCCACAGGUUCCACCACAUCCAUCGGUUCCACCACAUCCAUCAGGUCCACCUGUAGUUGGUGCACUUCAGCCGCCUACUUUCACGGCUCCUUUAGGGAUCCCUCCUCCUGGGUUUGGCCCUGGUGUACCACCACCACCUCCAUUUUUGCGACCUGGAUUCAAUCCAAUGCAUUUGCCCCCAGGUUUUCUUCCUCCUGGACCGCCACCUCCUAUAACCCCUCCAGUAUCUGUUCCUCACACUCCAGGAAUAAGCAUCCCAAAUUCUACUGUGGCUGGCAUAAAUGAAGACACUACAAAAGACUUAUCUAUUGGAAAUCCCAUUCCAACUGUGGUUUCUGGAUCGAGAGGGAAUGCUGAAACUGGUGAUGGUUCCAAAAUAUUUGGGACUGUUCCACCACCUGUAGCACCUACUAACAUACCUCCACCUGUCACCCAACCUAUUUCACUUCUUGGUACUCAAGGGGUUACGCCACCUGCUCCUGUGAUCGGGCUACAGGCACCAUCUACUGGCCUCCUUGGUGCACGGCCUGGUUUAAUACCACUCCAGCGACCUCCAGGAAUGCCACCACCUCAUCUACAACGGUUUCCCUUGAUGCCACCUCGGCACAUGCCUCCCCAUAUGUUGCACAGAGGUCCACCUCCAGGACCAGGGAGCUUUGGAAUGCCUCCACCACAUGGAAUGAAAAACCCUUUUCCACCACCUGGUCACUUUGUCAGGCCUGGUGGGAUACCAGGAGUUGGAGGACCAGGUGGGCCUGAAGAUAAUAGAGAUGGAAGGCAGUUUAGGAAUGAUAGGCAGACAUUCACUCCUAAUAGAGACCAGGAAAGGUUUGGAAGGAGGUCUUUUGGAAACCGGGUAGAAAAUGAGCGUGAGCGCUAUGGUAACCGCAACGAUGAUAGAGAUCAUGAGCGACUUGGUAAUCGCGAAAGGAGAGAAUGGGGAAGAAGAAGUCCUGAACGUGAUAGACAUAGAGACUUGGAGGAGAGAAAUAGACGGUCCAGUGGACACCGAGACAGAGAGAGAGAUUCUAGAGAUAGGGAGUCUCGUAGAGACAAGGAAGAAAAUCGAGGAAAGGAAAAACCUGAGCUGACAGACAGGGCAGAUGGUGACAAAAACCAUGAAUCUCAUAGUGGCAAAGUGGAAAAUGCAGACAUUGUUUCAGAACUUAAUAAAGGGGAGUCUGAACCUACAGGUGUAAAACCUGAUGAAGAGUUAACAUCUGAGGCUACCUCAUCUGUUGAGCAAGCCGAAAAGGAUACCGGCUCAGUUGUAGAGGCUCCUCGCUAGAGACUGGAAUUUGUCAAAAACGUGACAGUGACAUUUAAUGGAGUGUAGAGCUUUAGAGUUGUACAGUACUGCUGUAUUAUAUUUGCUUCUGCUAUACCACAGCCCCUCAGUAGUUUGUGGGGAAUUGUAAGCAAUUUGAUUGCUUCCCUUCUAUUUAAAAUAGUGUCAACAUAACACAAAAUACUGAAGAUAUGAAUAUUACCCAUUUUUGCUGUAACUUUUUUAAAGUUUUGACUUUAAAAAGUUUACAAAUCAGAAGUAGAAGUGCUUUCUAUUUUUUUUUUUUUAAUUUAAGAAAAGGUAACGGUGAAAGCUCCUCAAAACAAUAGGGAUGUGUUUUUAAUAAACUCUAUUUUCGUAACAAACUUUAACGUGUGCUAUUCUUCCUACACUGCACUGAAGUGGAAAAGGAUUGUUCAACAUCUUAAAGUUUGAACUGUUAAUGCUGUACUGGAGUCUAAAUUAGACUGUUUUGUUUAUAAUUGUUAAAAAGAAAUACAUCUGUUUGUGUAGCUAUUCACAAAAGCAAAUUUUUAUUUGUAAUAGUUAUUUUGAUUUUUAGAUUGCUGCAUUUUAAUGAUCUACUUGACCAUACUAGGUAAAGGUUAGUGGUUUUAAAAUGUUAUUUGAAGAGGUAAUUGUUUAAGUGUUUGCAAUGCAAUCAAGGUUUUAUUUUUUCUCCAAUUGGUUCUAUAAUGUUGCCCUAAUUAACCUUUAAAAAUACUUACUGACAAAGCAGACCACUUCAGAAAGUCUGCUCUGCUUGUAAUGUUAUAUUAAGAUUGUGUGUGGUGGGCUGGGGAAGCACCAGUUCAGCAUCUUUUGUACUUGUAAUUCAUUAAUGCUUUUUGGAAGGGGGUGGGUGGGAGAGAAAUCAGAGACACCAAAUCACCAAUUUAAAAUGCUAACCUAUUUUUUUUAAGUGGGGAUGGGAAGUGGUGGUGGGGAUAUUCAAGGGUUUUAUAAAAUGCUGUCUGUUCCUUCACACAAGUCUAGCCAAUUACUAUUGUUUGUUUAUAUUAAAAUUGCUUAUCUCCUGUACUCUAGCAAGAGGUAGGCUUAAACUUUUUGCCCAUGUGAUGGUAUAAUUAUCAAACUAAUGGAAGAAUACACAUUCCUGUAUUUGUGUAAGUUUAACUGUUUUCUCUCUCUGACAAAUUAUUUUUUUGUAAAAUAAACUACAAAAGGGCAAGUACUAAUUCUAAUAGCCCUUCUGCUGCAAACAAUUUAGAGGCAGCCAACAGUAAUCUGAACCAAAUCCCAAAGAAUUCUACAUCUGGAAGCUUUCUCCUUCAUUAUCCUGUGCACAAGAAAAUGAGGCUUAUGUUACACAGAGGUUCAACUGAAGCCUGUUGUACUAUAAAAUGUAGUGGGGGGAAAAAAACUCUCUGAAUCUUGUCCAUGUUCAAAUGUUUUUCCCCUGGGAGUAGAUGUGCUCUGCAUUUUAAAGUUGAUUUUUCUUCCUAAGUGAAGGGCAGCUGCUUUCUUACAUCAAUACUUUUUCAUAGCUGGGAUUUUUUGGGAGGGAGGUAACAGUAGGGGGAGGAUAUGGGGGGGGAAGAGGACAUAUAUUUUUUGUUCUUGCAAUAGCAGAAUAAAGAAAAAAAAACUGUUUACAUACUUGCAGUGAACUCAAAUUCCAUGUGUUAAAACUUGUGUAUCCUUAAUGUUUGUUCUAUGGCAGGCCACUGGACCUAACUUUUUUUAUAUAAGAACACAUUUGUCUAAGUGUAAAAUGGUCUUAACUGUCAAUUCUCCCCCUUCCUUAUAGGUCUUUGAGUGGAUACAUUUUAUCAAGACAUGGAAAUAACCAUUUAUGUAUUAUAGGUAACAUGAGUCACCCUACACUUCCACCAUCUCCAUUUAGAAAUCAGAUUUUCAAACAGUGAACAACUUACUGUUUGCAAUGCCAUUUCUUAAUGGUGUCCUGUAUACAAACUUUUAAACAUUAAAGGGUAAACAUGGUUUAA